AUGUCUUCACCUCUCAUCCCUAACGAGGAGCAGGUUCUCCAGCCUGACACUGCCCUGCAAGCUGUCCCGGAUGAUGAGUCCUACGAUAGUCAAAGCGAACGAUCGUCUUUGACAUCUCUGACAUCUUCAAUCCUGCAUGGGAAAGUUGAAGGUGGAAGAACAUAUGCCGUAUACGGCAAAGAAGAGUAUGGACUCCCAAUGGACGAAGCGGAGCUUGAUCGUAUCGAUAUGUGUCAUGCCAAAUAUUGCGCUCUAAUUGGAAAGAACAAAUAUCUGGCGCCAAUAGAUAGUCCUCUCAAGAUCUUGGACCUUGGGUGCGGAACAGGAAUAUGGUCUAUUGAGAUGGCUGAAGAUUUUCCGGGAGCCGAGGUCAUCGGUACAGACGUGGCCCCUACACAGCCAGGCUGGGUACCGCCAAACUGUCAUUUCGAAGUUGACGAUGUCGAGAGGGAGUGGACGUGGCAAGAAGACAGCUUCGAUUUUAUUUAUGCCCGAGAUCUUCUACUAGCAAUCAGGGACUGGCCAGCUCUAAUUGAUCAAACAUACACUCAUCUCAAAGGCGGGGGCUGGGUCGAGUUUCAGGCCAUCGUCGGUGUCCUCGGAUGCGACGACGACUCCAUCCCCGAGGAUAGUUACCUGCGCAAGUUCUCAGCCAUGAUGGAGCAAGGCUCGGCCAAAUUCGGCGCCAGUCUCACAGACCCGAUGAAGUGGAAGGGUUGGCUCGAGGCGCGCGGAUAUCAGAACGUCACCGAGCGCGUUUUCAAGCUUCCGUUCAAUCCGUGGCCCAAGGACCCGCGCCUGAAACUCUUGGGAGCGUGGGAGAUGGAGAAUCUGUUGCAUGGUCUUGAAGCCAUGGUCACGAGAAUGUUCCAAAAGGGCCUCGGUUGGACAGAUGCUGAGGUGACUGUCUUUCUAGCGUUUUUGAGAAAGGAGAUCAAGAACCCGCAGAUGCAUGGGUAUUGGCCCUAG